AUGUGGCGGUGUACAAACCAGUGGUAUUAGCUGUACAAACGACAAAGAUUGUCUAAACAAUGCAAAAUUAGGGAAUGGAUGGGUGUGUUCAAACUCUCCAUCCUGUUGUCCAGAAUUUAAAACUUGUAUUUAUGCUUGCCACUAUGAUCCUGAUCUUUCAGCUGGCGAAUAUACCGGUUGCAAUGGCAUUACUGCCUGUUCUAUUAUACCAGAUACCGAUGUACCCGGAUUACCUCAUGAUUUAUGCGUUUGUAUUCCUGGUUAUGAUGAUUGUUAUGGAGGUUCAUCGUGUAUGAGUAUACCACAAGGAGAUUUUUGUUUUAAGAAUAACGUUAAAGUCGCUCCACUUUCUACAUGUAAAACCCCAUAG